CUGCCUACACACAGUCACACCCUCUCUGUUCACUUCAAUUUUCCUUUUGCUUGAGCUGUGUGUCUCGAGAAAAGCUAUGGCUGGACCCAGGCCUGUGGUGCUCAGCGGCCCGUCCGGGGCAGGGAAGAGCACUCUGCUGAAGAUGCUCAUGGAAGAAUAUCAGAGUGUCUUUGGCUUCAGCGUCUCCCAUACAACAAGAAAUCCUCGACCUGGAGAAGUGGAUGGCAAAGAUUACCAUUAUGUCACACGCGAGGUGAUGCAAACAGGAAUUGACAACAACGAAUUCAUUGAGAGCGCAGAGUUUUCAGGGAACAUGUACGGGACGAGUAAAGCUGCUGUACAAGACGUCCAGGCCAAGAACCUUAUCUGUAUACUUGACAUUGACAUGCAAGGUGUGAGGAACAUCAAAAGGACAGACCUCAGUCCCAUCUACAUCUCUAUCCAGCCACCGUCCAUGGCUAUCCUGGAGAAUCGUUUAAGACUCCGAAAAACAGAGUCAGAGGAGAGCCUCCAGAGGCGUUUACAUGCAGCUAAAGUGGACAUGGAGUUAAGUAAAGAACCUGGCAUGUUUGAUGUCGUAAUUAUCAAUGAUAAUUUGGAUGAAGCUUAUGGGCACUUAAAAAAUGCUCUUCUUGAGGAGAUUAAUAUGGUCAAGAAAGUCAACAUGUCUUCGUAGGAGACAGCAGGAUCCUGACUCCUUUUAGUGCCACCCAGCCACUCCUUAAACACAGAACCACAGGCCUCCAUUCCAGCCGUGAACAUUCCCUUAGAUGGUGGUCUGUGAAACUCAAACAUCCCCAUUGUGGACACACAGAUUUUUAGGUUUUAUAUGGUGUUUAGAGGUAGUUAUGAGCAAAGUAUAUACUGUAAGUGUAACUUUUUUUUUUACUGUGCUUUCCAUAUUUUUAUUUUCAUUUAUAUGAAGAGAUACUCCAAUAAUGCUUACUUGAUAUCUGACUGUCAUGGUGAUAUGCAUUAUGCUCUGUUAGAUAGGGUUUAUUUAACACAGAGUUACUGCUUGCUUCUUUGUCCUCUCAUCAACCUGGACUAACACAAACAGGGAGUGACAUAACUCAUUUCAUCAUGUGGAUUAACUGGUCUUUCGAGGGUUUGGUGAAAGGUAGUGUAUGGAUACCUUGAUGAGUGUGUGCUAGUUAUGCAACUCUUUUUGCGUCACCAGUCAUUUAAUGUUGAGGAAAUAGAUUUCAAGAGGGAAACUCAUCUGCAAAUUCAGCAUUAACAACAGUUUCUGCUGAAAAAACAUGGCUGUUUACUUUCAAGGGGUACAUGCAAGUCAACUUUACUGCUGAAGUCUUUGUGUAAGGUGCCACAGAACUCCAGUAUAGAUGGUUUGCCAGAUAGCCACAAAAAUUGUUGUGCUCAAAUUGUAUUUUUUUUUUUUUUUAAUCAUACUUUAUUUUAUUUUCAGAAUUGUAACUCAACAAUGCAACCAUACAUCAUCCGACAUUGGUCUGAGCUAGGAGAGAAGACUUAAAUAAAGUAGAAAGAGAACGAAAGAAAAAUUGGAUUUAAUCCCAUCAUGAGUUACAACAUGUAAAAAAAGUGCAUCUAAUACCUUUAGAAUGUAGCUUUUUAUCAUAUGGGUGAACUAUAACAGAACAAUCUCUUUUUUUACAAUUGUUAAUUUGUAAAAUGUUUGUAUUAUGUAACUCAUCAUUUUGCAGCUUCACUUGUACAGUAAAGUGACAUUCAGUGGAUUGUUUUGCUUCCUUACUAAAGCAGUGUUUUGAAUUUGAAGGAAAAAAAAUCAAUUUGCAUGUUUCUCCUUUUAUAUACUGCAGAUCUCCUUGUACUUGAAAACCAAGCUAAUGUUUAUGAGGGAUCUUGAAUUGAAAUUUGAUACCUUUUAACACCUUUUAAAUGAACCUCUCCAUACACUUUAAGACCUCAUUGGUACUUUGAGUUUUUGCUGGUUACGUCAGUAACACGUUUGAGCUUAAAUUUACUAUACAACAGGCCUCAUGCAAGAAACUUCAUACAAAUAAAUUUUCUCUCAUUUUUGCUUGUAUCCAA